GUUGCGGGAAACCCUCUUUUGGCGAACAUCACGCAGUUUAUUUUGCGGGCAAAAAUAUUCGCGUGACAAGAACAUGUGCCGGAGUGUGAGUUAUAUGACCUCCAUAUAUUAUGCUGCUCUGAUUCUAGUUUUGUCUUUAUUUCUCUCGGACUGUUUGAGAGCUCUCUACUUCUAUCAAAAAUCCUGGCGAUGAUCCUGCUCAUGCCGCAAUCCAGUGGUCGCCAUAGACGAAAGUUACUCACGGACAACACCGAGAUCGUUGAAAUUCACAGUGGUCUCAUACAAGGAUUCCGACAGGUAUAUGGCAUCUAUGGGCGACGUGGUCAUCGUCAAGAUGAACUACCGACUCGGAGCCUUUGGUUUCCUCCACGCCCACAACGACGACGUUCCUGGCAACAUGGGCAUUCACGACAUGCACCUGGCCCUGCUCUGGGUUCGCCGCAACAUCAAGUCUUUCGGAGGGGACCCGUCCAGAAUCACGGCCUUCGGAAGCAGUGCCGGAGCCAUGUCCAUUGGACUAAUGCUCACGUCGCCCAUAGCAAGCCACUUGAUUCAAGUGGCGAUCCUCCAGAGCGGCAGCCCCUGCGUGCCCAUGAUAGCGCGCGUCAACAGCAGCCUGCAGGCCGCCGACGAACUGGCCUUCAGGACGGGUUGCGCGACCGGCAACAUGUCCGUGCACACGCACGGGCGGCAGGUCGUCGGAUGCCUGCGUAGGGUCAACGUCCGCAGGAUACUGAAAGUGCAAGACAGCAUGUUCAAGAAGCUGCUGCUAUUCCUGCCCAUCUUCGGUGACGACCUACUGCCCGUAAACAUCCUUCGAGCUGUAGAAAGAGGACUGUUCCCGAAGGACGUGACGGUGAUGCUGGGCGUCACGCCAGAUGAAGGUACCACCAUACUGACCACCCUGACGCCCCACUUCUACAAGCGGGAGAGCCACCGGAAGGUGUCCAAAUCUGAGCUCUUCUCCACGUGCAAUCGAACCUUCCUGCACAGCUUCUCCAAAUCGGCCCUGCGGAAGAUCUACUGGAACUACCUUGGUCUCCUCGGCCACACCAACUACGUGACGCUCCGCUCCGCCAUCGCCAACUGCAUCGCCGACUACUUCAUGGUCUGUCCAACCCACGUCUUCGCCGAGGGGCUGAGCCAAAAGGGAGUGCCGGUCUUCUUCUACCAGUUCGACUACCGCACCAAGAACUCGGUGGACCCGCCCUGGAUGGGGGUCAUCCAUACGGCUGAACUCUACUACCUCUUCGGCGAGCCUUUUGCGACGUCCUGGUACACGGACAAGGAGCGGGAGUUCAGCAAGACCUUGGUGGACAUCUGGGUGACGUUCGCCAAGACAGGAAAGCCUCCAGCUAGGUUCCAUUGGCCAGCAUACAGGUGGAACGCCCGAAUGUAUCUUCGCCUAAGCCCGGACAACUUCGUCUCUAAGAGGGGUCCCAGGGAGGAGUGGUGCAAGCUGUGGGAAGAGCAUCUCUACUGAGGUUCGCUCGGACGUCCGGCAAAUUGUUGCGUGCCGCCGUGCUAAAAAUGUAUACCUGAAAAACGACGACGACAGAGUGGAAAAUUGCAUUCACCUUUCUGUGGCUACAAGGAUUUAAUUUUUUUUUUUGCCAUAAAAUUUCCUGGUAGGCUACCUUUCUUAAAUCACUUUUAGUGAAUUCA